CUCCUUAAUAUUUUUGUACUACAAUUUCCCUGAUUUUCUCUUUUGUUCAAAGACUCAUCAGAAAUAAAGAGUUCUUUCUAGCAAUGGAAAACAAGAUUUCCCAAGGCUCUUUGGACAUAAAUGGUUCCAAUGUAAGCCUCUAUAGCAUCAUGGUGACAGUCAUUGAGGCUAGCAAUCUUAUUUGGACCGGGAUGCUGACCCAAGUCAGCAUCCUAUUUGGAAAAAAGACGAGAAGAACAAAGAUAAAAGCUGGAACUGACAGCCCAUACUACAAUGAAUUUUUUGUCUUUAAAUACAAGGGAAAAUUCAAUGAUAUGAUAAAUCAGGUAUUGAUCAUAAAUGUUUACCGUCCUUGCACUUUAAUAAAAAGGAAGAAGUUAAUUGGAAGCGCUAGGUUUGAUUUAUCAACUAUUUGGAUACAACCUGACCAUGAAAUUGUGCAAAAGUGGAUUGUCCUCACACACCCCGAAGAACCUAUUGGUUCUGUCAAGGGUUAUCUAAAGUGUAGCAUAGCUGUCGUUCCUUCAGGCGUACCGAUGAAGAAAUCAACUGUACAAAGAUUCAACGAUAAAACACAGGCAAUUAAAAACGAAUAUUUUGUUCCUGAGUCCCUCGGAAGUGGGAGAUUAAAAGCAAUGUACAUUAUGAAGAUAUAUCGAAUCACUGGUUUAUGCCAGAAAAGAAUGUCCAUUUUCAGUAAGAAGCAUGGAUCAAAAACACCAAAAUGUUAUAUUAGCAUUUACUAUGCAAGAUUACAUGGUAGUACAUCAAAAAGACAAUUAAUAUCCAGUGAAUGUUAUUGGAAUGAAGAGAUAACCUUUACCGAAGUGUUCCCACCACUUUUUAACAGAGUGAAAAUUGAUGUUUAUCUAAAAAAGAAAUGCGUUUGUUCAAGAUUUAUCAAUUUUAGAGAAAUUUCAGACCCGGCUGUUAAAGGUUUUCUACCAACCUACGGUCCAGCUUUCUUGCAUUUUUACAACACAGAGUAUAAUUUCAUGGGCUCUCUUUUAAUGUCAAUAGAGACAAAGACGGUAAUUAAUUUACCAAAAGGUCAUAAAAUGGUUUCAGUAAAAAGGACAAGUACAGCAGAAAUAUUAGAGAAUUUAUAUUGGAAUGUAGAAGAAUUUGCUAUAGUCGGUAUUCUAUUUGAUGUAUCAAUGCUUCCGAUUAGUAUAAGCAAGAAGAAGAAGCUAAGCCUGUCAAUGUGUUUCUCCGAAGAUGAAAAGUGCUCUACAGACUUUUGUUCUAUCUGGUCCAAUCUCACUGUGAAGAGUGAACAGAGUCAUUACAAUUACGCCGAUGUGGAUAUGAAAAAUAAACCAACACUGUUUGUAAAAAAAAAAUUUCCCGAUUUGCGACACCGCCUUUUCAUCUCGAACACUCUUGACAAUGUCAGCAGAAAACUUAAGAAAGGUCUGGAAGAUGCUCUUUCUAUAAAUGAACACCUUCCCGAAGAAGCAAAAUCAAUUUUGAGAAACACUCUAGAAACUUUUCAACUGGAUUGUUCAUUUAUUCUACAGUCUGAAAUGAAAGCAUACACUAAUCUUCAGAAAGAGCGAAUAAAAAUAAUUUACAAUUCACUUAAAACUGCACAUGAUGUUUUUAAUAUGAAUAACUUUUAUUCAUAUCCCUUUAACGAACAGUUUAAACAAGCCUAUUCAAUUUAUACAACAAUUCAUAAGCUUGUAAAAGAUCCUCAAGACAAUUUCCCACAUAUAAUAUUUAAACUGAAAUCAGGAAAACGGAUGUUGGGAUAUUCAAAACUUUUAGCUAAAGACAUUUUGUUUUCGGCAGAUGUCUACGAGAAAGGGCAAUCCUGCGGAAAGAUAAAUUCAAUAUAUUUUAAGAUGAAAAAAGAUUCAGUUGGUAUAUAUGGCAGAGCAAAUAUAUUCUUGUGGUUUGGCCUUUUUAAAUCCAUCGGAUUUGCUUUGAGGGAGAUUCCUCCUGGAUGCAUGGAUUUAUCCAAGAUAACAAAGAUACCUCCAACUAUCGAGUACUACGAACAGUCUAAAUUUCUUUUUCGGGCUCAUAUUUAUCAUGGACGGUUUGAACCGUGCGAUGACAUAGAAGGAAACUGUAAAAUAUCUAUCAGUGUGCACAUUGGCGCCAAAAGCACAAGUUCAUCAAUUAUAGAAAAAACCAUCUGCCCAGUUUGGAAAGAAACUCUGAUUCUGGACAAUGUAUAUUUUUCUGGUGAGCCAGCAUACUACAAAAACCAACCGAUACCUGUUGUAGUUCAAAUUUGGAAUCACAGAUCGAAUAAUCUAAAGACUCUCAUGGGCAGAAUCUUUUGCAAACCUGAAGUAUAUUUAGCACACGAGCUAUUAGGAAAUUCACAUCCUCCAGCAUUGAAAUGGUAUAAAGUUGCACUUGGAAAUAACACAAAAGGGGAAAUUUUAGCAAUAUUCGAAUUAAUUGAGAAAAAGGAUCAGCAAUCUGUUGUGGAUUCAAAAUUGGUGAAAAAUAUUCCAAACUAUAUUCAGCCAAAGACCGUGAAAUACAGAUUGGAAGUGUUAUUUUGGGGGAUUCGAAAUGCUAGUCAUAAAAACUUACCCAAAGUUGACCACCCAAAAGUAAUCGUGAAUUGUGGUGAAGCCGUACUCGAAUCUCAAGCUUUGAAGAAUUCGUUAAAUUUCCCCAAUUUUUCAAAGUUCCCUGCGUUUUCAACUGUGGAAAUACCACAAAACGUCAUCUUUGCACCGCCCCUGGUCAUUAGACUUUUUAACAGUAAAAGCCACGGCAAAUUUCAAUAUAUUGGAAGUCACACAAUCAAAAAUGUUCAAGAGGUGAAAGUUCGUCUAGUAAGAACUGAUGAUUGGAUGCAAAUUGGAAGCCAGAUAUCUGAGAAACAACCAAAGAAAGUUUCUUUUAGUUUUUCACCUAAUUACCAUAGAAAAGAAUACUGUACUGACAAUGAAUGCGAUACGUCAGAAAUGACACCUCUUAUUCAAAAUUUAAGCUUAAAGCAACAAGAUGUUUCAGAGACAAUUGAACCGUUGUUUGCUCAAAAAGUGAAACAGAAGUUGAGUGAAUUUGCAUCUAGAUUUGGCUACAGGCAACAAUCGGUUGAAUACCAACCUUUGAAAAUGGAUGCAAAGCUAAUUAAACAUCCCGAUCUAAAUGAAAAAUAUUUUGACUGGUGGACCAAAUAUUUUGACUGUACAGAUGAUAUUUCAAAUAAAAAGAGUAGAGGAAACAUCACCGGAGAAAAGAUAAGACAUGAAGGCCAACAAACCGAGUUGAAAAAGCGUAAAAAGAAAAUUUCCAAACUUGAGGUUUACCCAUGCGAACUUGAAAAAUUACCUAUAUUCGAUGGUUUUAAUGAUGUCCUAAGGACUUUCGACAUAAGUAAACGCGAACGAAGAAUAUUUUCAGCAGAGCCGAAACACAUCGUUGGGAAAUUUAAGGGAGCAAUAGCUGUAUACGAACAUUUUGAUGAUGAUUAUGUCACAAAGACAGGAAUGGAUCCAAAAUGGGGUUACUUCGGAUCUUUGUCGGAUGAGAUUGUCGAUUUAACCGUACGGGUUUAUGUCGUGAGGGCCUAUCAGCUUCACAACCCAAGGAGGAUGGGUAAUUUGGAGACGUACAUUGAAAUCGAAACUCCGUCUUUAACUAUUACAGACAAAGACAAACUAAUAUCACAAGAUUACGAACCUGUUUUCGGCAAGCAUUUCGAGUUCUCAGUGAGCCUUCAUCACGAUUACUUUAUAAUGAUUCGUGUAAUGAACGGCCGUCAAUUAAUCGGAGAAACAAAGAUAGAUAUAGAAAACAGAUAUUAUUCCAUGCAUAGAGGGACAUGCGGAUUACAAGAAUUAUACCAUACAAAUGGUUAUAACGCAUGGAGAGAUAUUUAUCGGCCGACAGAAAUUCUAGAAUGGCUAUGCCUCACUUAUAAUUUGCAAAGCCCUAAGUAUGAAGUCGAUUCGGUUAAAGUGGCCAAACGAACUUUCUUCACGUCUCAGAAGAAAGGAGACAAGAGAGAGUGCUUGGCAUUAUCCGUUUUAAGAAACUGGCAUACCAUACCUAUAGUCGGAUGUCAUCUGCUCAAAGAACAUGUAGAAACAAGGUCACUGUUCAACAAUUCAGAACCAGGUAUCGAACAGGGAAAAUUAGAAAUGUGGGUUGACAUGUUUCCCAAAUAUGUUGGAAAUUUUAUUCCUCCUCCGGUUGACAUCAGUCCUAGAGCGCCUGAUGAAUUCGAACUUAGGGUUAUCUUAUGGUCAACGUCUAGAACGUAUUCUUUAUUGGCUAAUGAUUUCUACCAUCAAUAUUGCGACCUAUUCGUCAAAGCUUGGAUAGAAGGCAAAGAAGACAUGCAGCAAACCGACGUGCAUUUCCGUUCGUGGAUUGGCGACGGACUUUUCAACUGGAGGUUCAUUUACCAGUUUGCGUACCACCGAGAAGGGUUCAUAACUAAUUUGAAAAAGCAAGGGAAAUUGGAAACGAAAGCGAAAAUUCCUCCAGUCCUUUACCUUCAGCUUUGGGACAACUCAAGAAUUUGUCCGAACGAAUAUCUAGGCUCCCUUUCCUUGGAUCUUCAUCGAAUUCCUGAACCGUCAAUAAAGCUGUUCGGAGGUUCAAUUUCUAAUCCAAUCAAAAAUAAACGAACGAUCGACUUGUUUCAAAAACGACACAUCAGAGGAUGGUGGGAAUUCACAACGCCCAUUAAAAGCGGAUCGAGCAAGAGCGAAAUCGUUAUUGCGCGGGCGGACCUCGAGAUGGUCCUCUUAAGACUGGAAGACGCAGAGAAAAAUCCUGCUGGAUAUGGAAGAAGUGGACCUUUAGCUCUUCCUAAACCAAUGAGAACCGGCGAUUUAAUUCUCCGCGGUGCUUUAUAAUUCAGCCGCGAGGGCCUGGCUUUGGGAAUAAAGCGCCAGUG